AUGACUCCUAUUAAAAUUCGUUUUUCCCCUCUUCCUUCUAAUGGUCAUCAAUGGCUUUUCCUCAGUUAUAAUCCUUCUUAUGCCUAUCAUCUUCCUGCUGGUUAUCGAUUUGUUCCAACCGAUAAAGAAGUCAUUGACUACCUCAUUCAGAAGCAUGCAUGUCCCGAGGGUUUCCAAAUUGCUGGACACAUCCAAAAAUUCCAUGUUUAUCAUGUUGAACCUCCACAGCUUCCAAGUUUAGAAAAUGUUGUUGAUGGGUUGAAUAAGAAUUAUUAUCGUACGGAACUGCAAAAGAAGUAUGCUAAUGUUACGAGCAGCACUAUUGUUCAGAGAAAAUGCAGAGCCGGAGGUGGAUAUUGGAAAACGGGAAAGACGGAUCCUAUCUUCCACGAGGAAGGACAUAAAAUUGGAAAAAAGGCAAAUCUUGAACACUACGAUGCCCAAAAGCGGAAGACUCAGUGGCUGAUGAAAGAAUAUCGACUGCUCAACAAUUGGUCACAGUGGGCAAUAUGCGUUGUUUAUCAAUCCAAGUCAAAACGUGAGAACAGAAGAGCAAGAAGUACUUACCAAGGCAGCAACAGUUCAAUGCUGAACUCUGGGGAGGAAUCUGUUCAUUGUACUGGUUCACUUAGCUUCUUCGAUGCCUCUGAACAAAAUGUGCCCACUUAUUUUGAGAACUAUCAACGUGUUCCUGCCAGUUCUCAUGUACCACAGUCAAAUUUAAACCCAGGCAACUGGCCAUUAACUGUCCAGAAUUUCCCUGCCUCUUGCUCCGACCCACAUCCACCUGCCCACUAUGAUUGCUUUCCCCAACAACCCCCCCCUACCUAG